AUGUCAUCAACGACGAGUGGUUCAAACGCUUCGGAUUCGUCGUCCUUUAUCGAUUAUGCCUCUCUUUUUCAUCAUCAAUGUUUUCUUGCUCAAGAAAUUCCUCCCCAACAACAAGAACACUCUUCCGAUCCUUCACACAAUUUCACACAAAAUUCCUUCUUGCUCGAUGGAGAUGUUUCACAACAACAAGUCGGCCAUCGUCAUCAUCAUCCAUAUGAAUUUCUUCGAAUUGGAGAUUGUAUUUCAUUGUACACUGAUUUAUCAUCGGGAGGAACAUCGAUUGCUGGAUUUUUAAGCGUCGAUGGAAUUAAUUUAAAUUGUUCCGAAUCCAUCAAGGGAAAUAAGAAAUAUGUUCGAUGUGGACUCAUCGAAGCAACUCAAUACGGAACGAUCAAUCCAAACUCUUCAAACUCUUCCUCAUCAUCAGGUUCUCAAUUCUUUGUUCCCAAUUUCGAACAAUGUGUCUUUCAAAUUUGUCAUCCGAAAAGUUAUUCGGCUCGAAAGGGUUUUCAUCAAUUCAAAGAAAAUUUAGAAAUUAAAUUGGCUUCAGGAAAAAAGAAAGCACAUCAGAAUGAAGCUUCGAAUUCAUCAGAAAUUUCUUCACAACUUCAUCAAUUGGAACAACGAAUGGAACGUGAAUUUCAACAAAACAAAUUGGAAGCGGAGAGAAAUUUGGGACGACCAGUGCUGUAUGGUCAGGCUGUACAAUUAUUUCACAUGCAAACUCAGAGUUAUUUAACAGUAGCGAGAGAGUCUGCAGAAAUGCAAAAAGAUUGCAUGAGACUUGGAUUAGAUAAGGAGGGAUCAACUUAUUCGUAUUUUGAAAUUUUACCUUACUCAAGUUUUCAACAGGAUGGAGAGAAUGUAAAACUCUCGGAUCAAAUUCGUCUGUUUAACAGAAAAUCAAAUCAAUUUAUUCACUUGUCAUAUUAUAGAUUUAAUAUGAGUGACGAAGAAUCAGGAGUGAUUCAUCAUCAUCAUCAAAAUGAAACAGUUUCAUAUUCAGAGAUUGCUUUGGCAGCUGUCAAAUCAUCGAAAAAUAAGAACAAGUAUUCGUAUGAUACUCGAAGAGAAGUGAAUGUUUCGAAUAGCACUGCGUUCACAAGAUGGAGAUUUAGAUUAUUCUCCUCCUAUGCUCAUUCUUCAAUCACCAAUAUUGUAAACGAAAGAUAUUUGAAAGUGGGUGACAUUGUUCGAAUUUUUCACAAAGAAUUAGAUGGCUACUUGACUGUGAAUGAUCAGACAGGUCGUGUGAAAUUACUAAAAAAGCCAGUGAAUGUACUCGAAUCCGGAUUCAAUAAGGACGAUUUGGACACGACUUCUCAACAAAACAUGUCCAAUGGUUCGAAUAGUGGUGUCAAUGGCAGUGAUAAUUCCUCUUCCUCCUCACCAAAUAAUUAUCUCACAGUUCAGACACUAUGGAGAAUUGAAUAUUUGGAUCCAAGUCGUUCCUCGAUUGUGAAAUGGUCUUCUCUUUUUCGGUUAAGACAUAUUGCCUCUGGUAAAUAUAUGAUCAUCCGUCCCAUUCGAGGAAUUACAUUGGAAACAGACGAUACUAUUGAGGAGAGAUUUGAAAAAGAUUUAACGCUCGCAACGGAUUCAGGCGUGACUGUUCAAGCCACUCCUCGAAGAACCUCUGUUCUACAUUCUAUGACCACACCAAGAACGUCACGUGCUGGAGGAUUAGCUUCCUUGGUACAGGACAAUUUAUGGACGGUUCAUGUGGAGAGUCAUGACCAAAUACUCUGUCAAGAAUUUCCAUGUAGUGUUUUUCAAUUCACAGAUUCGACAGGUGGAAAAAAAGGUAAAAAAGUUCAAACCAAUGACUAUUUUAGGUUGAAACAUCCAUCUACUGACUCGUGGAUUCAUGUUUCGAGACCAAGCUCACAUUCCACCUAUCAGAGAGUUACUUCUACCACUAAAAUGUUUGAACAAGAUGUAUUCCAUUUUAGUAAGGUUUCACAAUCGGAGCUGGACGAUGUAUUGACCGUAUCGAGUUACAUUCCAAUAAUGAGUUAUUUCAAGUCCAAGUUACAAGAUGAUUUGAUUGAGAAAUCAGACAUUAAGCUCUAUAUCAAUGUUCUCUCGAGCGCUAUUAGAUUUUGUACGAUCAGUGAAGAGACAGAUCCAUUGGUGAGAAGUGGUAUUCCAGUUAGAAAUAGACAAAAUAUCAUCAAAGAAUUGGGAAUCAUUUCAAUAGUUAUGGACGUCAUUACCAUCUUGCUGAAAAAACAAAUCACUAUUGACGAUUUGGCAAUGAUUUAUGAAAAACCUGAAAAAUUAAUUUAUUUUGACAUUAUUCAAUAUUCAUUCCGUUUGGUGAGACAAGCGGUAAUUGGAAACGAGUCCAAUGGUUUAUAUAUGGCUCAAUAUAUUAACUUUAUUCAGACACUGAUUGAGCACAGCAUUAGCGCCAGUGAGGCCUUGUUAGAAAUUCUCUCGAACAAUUAUACCUUGUUAAACAUGAUCACGAAUGAUCAAAUUGAUUUCUUCGUCAAGUUACUGUAUGAGAUUCCAACGAGCGGUACACUUUCAAAAAUUUCCGGUGUCAAAGGAUCGAAAGGCCUCAAGAAGGCUGUGUAUUUAUCCUUCUUGACUAGCUUAAUUAUUUGUGAAGGAAAAACAGUAUAUAAGAAUCAACGAUACAUUAGUGAUUUACUUUUUGUGACCUAUAAGGAUCACAUGAGAAAAGUUUUUAUUGUUCCGAAAAUUAGUUACAAUGGAACAGUUGUCAUUGAAGUGAACCAUGACGAAAUGGAUCUCAUUAGUUUCACAAAAUCUGCAACAGACACGAAUUAUCCUGGAUAUUCGAGACCCAACUAUGAACAGCUCGUCUUUUUCCAAGAGGAAAUUAAAUUGUUUGCUGCAUUGUGUACCGGAAGAAAUGAAGAUAUUGAAAGCACACGGAAAUCUGUAGUGUCACUUUUCACCUAUGACGUUGUGUGUAAAUGUAUCAGUGAAGAGAAAUUGACAGCAGCAAUUCGAACCUCAUUUGUGAAAUUAUUGUUGCAAUGCUUUGUGGACACUGAAAAGAGAGAGACACGACCACUCAUUGAGUAUACGAGAAAAAUUACGGCACUACAUCAAAAAUCACAAGACACUCCUUCCUCAGAAUUGAAAGAAGUUAAAGAAUUUUUGCAGACAUUUUUGAGUGAUAAGGAAAACUUUGAACUUGAUGUGGCAUUUGACAAGAAGGACCACAACAUUUUUGUGUUGAGCUUGAUGAGCCUCUGUAAGCGAAUGGUUGAAGUCGGUGUUUUGACUAUUGCCGAUUUUGAAGAAGGAACUCUUGCCAAAGCAUUGUUCGACACGCUACGAGGAGACAACGACAAGAAGAAUGGCGUUCCUCUCACUGAGGAAGAACGAAUUAUUCAAUCUGAAGAAAAUAUUGCUGUCAUGAAAAUUAAGAUUGAAAUUGCAAACAUUUUUCACAUGUUACUCGACAUUCGUCUUGAUAAGCGAGUGACCAGUUUCUUACAAUUUUUCUGGAAAAAGUAUAGAGAAGAAGAAAUUGAAACUGUUCUCAAGGAUUAUGAUUUUUAUUUGGUCGAUACCAAAGAAGCUCAACAAAAGAGAAAGGAGUUCAAAACAGUGGUGCAAGACAUUGACUCGAAGGAGCACGUCAUGCUACAAGAAGUGUUGAAACCGGACUUGAUUUUUACUCGAAUGGACAAAUUUGAUAUUCAACUCUUGUCUUUAACUCGAUACCAUAAUCAUGAAUUAGCCACUACAUGUCUGAGCUUGUUGAUUCGAAAGUAUAGAGCAGCUCAAGAAUUAUCUGAAACUUUGCCUAAAAUUGAACUUAUUGUUUCAAGAGAAAUGGCCAAGUCCUAUGAUCAACUCUCACAACGUAUUGCUGAUCUCAGAUCAGUAUUUGGUUACGGACAAGGAAAUUAUAUAGGUGUUCGAAGAAUUACUGACCAAGAAGAAAAGAAAGUGUUAAAAUCUCUUGAUGAAAUUACAAGCGAUCUUGUCAAGAAUGGUCAUCGAUCUCAAAGAAUUAUCAGAAAUUUGUCUGUGCAAGACAUUAUCUUUUCCUUCCUUAAAAAAGAUUGGAUUGUCUCUUCUGAGAUUCAAGAAAAAGGAAUUGAACUGUUAACUUCUUUCGUGAGCAACAAUUCAGACAAUCAGAAAAUAUUAUUCCCACACAUGCAAUUCUUUAUGGAACUAUUGGGAGAAAAUCGAACAUUGGAUGGAAAAAUUGUUCGCCUCUUGUGUGAAAUGGUUAAAAACAAUCGAGCUCUUUGCAGUACCGUUGAAGAAAAGCACAUCGAGUUUUAUAUUGAUGAAAUUGCACAACAGAGAUGCGCUUUCAUGUUAACGUUUUUGCAUGUCGUUUUAGGAACUACGGGUGGAAAUCCCAUCAAACGUAAUCAAACCCUAAUUACCAAACAUCUCUUAGAACGAAAGAAGGAUGUCAUGAUUCUCUUCAAAGACGAAGAAGGUCUAAGAGAACGUAACAAUCGUAUCAUGAAAGGAGAGCACAAUACUGAACCAGACGGUAUUUUAAAUUAUCACAUUGCAUUGCUCUAUUUAUUAGCAGCUCUUGCGGAUGGUAAAAAUCGCGAAAGCGAACAAAAACUUCAAACACUCUUCUCAUAUGAAGAGUUAUUGGAACAAGCAUGUUCUCCAUAUACAUUACCUGUAUUGAGAAAUCCUCUCAUGAAAGUGAUUGAUGAAAUUUAUCUAAAUGUGGAAAAACUUUCAGAUGAAGAAUCUGGAACAAAGAGCAAAAUUAAUGUUAAUCAUCCACUAUUAUUCAAACUCUUUUCAAAAAUGAUUCGUGAGCUAGAAGUUCUUGAAAUUACCAAUACUUUUGGAAUUGAUACUCCUCCGAGUAGCGGUCAUGCAGUGUCACCCAGUCAUGUUCGAACUCCAACGACACCAAGCAAGUUUAUCAGUAAUCCAGCUGCACUUCUCACACCCAGUAAAUCCAAGCUGACAACAAGUGCUAAAAGAAGUUCCAAAACUUACUCGACUGCUGUGACAAAAAUUACACCAAUGGAAGAGGAUCAAGAACUCUAUCGAGUUGAUAAUUAUUACCUGUUUGAAGUGAUGAUUCCAUUUAUUAGAGAUUAUUUCCAUCUUCAUUUUCCUCCUCCAAAUGUCUCAAAAGAGCAGUUAGAUAUUGCUGAAGAUUUGUUGCUUAAAAUUAUCGAUCUUCACAAGCACACGAUUAAUCCAGAGCACAGAGAACGAGUACACAAAUGCAUCACUGCCAUGUUAAAAAAGAGUAUGACUUCUACAAGUCAACGUGCCAUUUCACACUUCUUGUCCAGCAAGGCAUCAAAAGCUAAAAUUCAGAGGAAUCGAAUUCAAACCACUGCAAGUACCGAAAAAGAUGAAAGAAUUCACGAGACCUAUAAGAAGUAUUUGAAUACUAGAAUUAUUUCCAAAAUAUUGAAACGAAGUAAUUUCACUGAUUUGGGAUUACUCUUCUUAAAAUAUGAUGGAUUCAUUAAGGUUUUGGUCACUGUGUUAUUGGAAUUGAAUAAUUUAGGUUUCAACAAUACGAAUCUGCAAGUUGGAUUGUUUGGAAUGGAAAUUUUGAAAAACAUUGUCUCUCAACAACACAGUGGAUCAAUUGCCAAGUUGGAUUUGGUCGAGAAACAGGUUCCAGAAGUAGUCAUUGAACUCAUUAAGAGUCCUCAUCAUCGUAUUGUGAAAUCCACAAUUGAACUUGCAGUACUGAUUCUAAGUGAAGGCGACAUUCAAGUACAACAUCGAAUUAACAAGCUGUUGACAGAAAAUGACUCGUCGGACUUUUUCACAUCAGUACGAGAUCGAAUUCGUUUAUCCAAACUGGAAAUUAAGGAACGUAAAAAUUAUCUCAAGAAGAAGCGAGAAAAAGAAUUUGCACUCUCCAAUCAAAGACAGGCCAAAAAAGAAGAUACCGCACAAGAUAAUAUUGAAGGAACCACCAAUACGAACGAAGAUUUUGUGGAAAAAGGAUUCAUUUUCAACAUGAUGGAAUUUUUGAGAUUACUCUGCGAAGGUCACAACACACAAAAUCAGUUACUUCUUCAACAUCAACCCAGAAAUAGAACAAGUAUUGAUUUAAUUUCUGAAAUUGUGGAUUAUCUAGUUGCAUUGGAAAAGAAACUCGAUUCUGACAAUGUUGACAUUGCUGUUCAAGGUUUUAAAACAUUAAUUGAGUUUGUUCAAGGACCUGCCGCAUUCAAUCAAGAUCUCGUUGGAACUUCUCGUAAAAUUUAUCCACGUCUCAUCAAUGAAAUUAUGUCAAAAUCAUACGAUGACAGCAAGCUUACGAAACAACAAGAACUCGAGUUGAAAAAACAAAUUACCUUGUUACUCAUUUCACUUCUCGAAGGAAGAAACAAAACGACUCUUGAAUUUAUGAAAGCUUCGAUUCAUUUGGAUGAUUUUGAACAUUUACUAUUAUACAUUUCUCGAUUAUUACAAUCACUAUCUGGAACCAGUGGUGAUCGUGACGAUUGUGAAGAAUUACUCGAACUUCAAAAACGAAUGAGAAGAGAUUUUGGAACACACUAUUUGUAUAAUUUUGAUCGUUCUUCGAAAAAUCCCAUUCUCGUCGACGACUACAUGGAAUCGAAUAUGGAAGUUCUUCGAGUUCAAUUCGAAGAUUUGGGAAUGCAUAUUUUCUUCCUUCUCUCCAUGCUCAAAGACACUGAAAAUGAACUUCUCGGUAAAGCGAAUUCCACAUCACUCUCAACAAUGGUUCAAACCAUGGAUGAAGAAUAUCGAAAACGUCGAGUCAGUAACUUUUUCCAAAAUAAUUCCAAAGAAGUUUCCUUUUUCCAACAACGCUCUGGAAGUAUUGAAGUAUUGAGAGACAAUUCCAUCGAAAAAGCUUACUUCCCCAAACCCACAAUUUGUAAUAAUAUCAUUGACAAGGCAAGAAGUAAUUAUGUGCAAUCCCUUCAUGUCAUGACACCUCAAGAAAAAGUCAGAAAAUUAUACAAUGACACAUUCAGUAGAUUUUAUGUGGAAAUGUGUCACUAUGAAAGUAUGAAAAAUCAACAAAUCAUUCCAAGUACUCAUUCAGAUGCAACAGCAAGCGAUGACGAAGAUGAAAGCGAUCACAUUGAAGAUAAUUUAGAAACUGGAGUUCUAUUACCUUCCAUGUCACUUGUCGCAGCAAAAGCUUUGCAAAAAAAGAGAAAAAAGAAAAAAUCGAACCAAGCAAAAACUGCAACUUGGGAAUACAUUGCAAAUUAUUGGGACUAUUUUAGAUUUGCAUUGUUUUUCCUUUCUGUUGCCAUCAAUGUCAUUUUGUUAGCUUCAUAUAAGAGAAUUUAUUCUACAGAUGCUGCUUCUGAAAUUCCAGUACCAGGUGACACGUUUGACAUUAUUGCAAAAACAAAAACGACAGCUCCUCGAAGUUUGGCAAGUGACAUUGUGUUGGUCAUUGUUGGAGUGAUUCAAUUGAUUUAUUUAGUGUGCCUCUUUAUUAUUUAUGCAAAAUUAUUCUUAACAUUGGAAGUGAAAAAGAGAUUUAAAUUGAAGAGGAAUGAGACAUGGGAUUCUAUUCCUGUGAAUCGCGAAUUUAUUGUGAAAUGUUUUAUUUACACUUUGAAAGACUCUCAAAUUUGGUUUUUUGCAACUUACAUUUUAGUUUCUAUAUUGGGACUAUUGAUUCAUCCUAUUUGUUAUUCCAUUCAAUUAUUUGAAUGUGUAUUUUUAUUCAAAUCAUUGACCGACGUGUUGAAAUCAGUGACUACGAAUUGGAGGAGAUUAUUUUUCACAGGCAUGCUCUUGUCCAUUGCGUUAUUCUUCUUUGGAACGUUGUACUUUUCAUUCUUUUCUCAAGAUUUUGUGACUUCCAAAACCAGUACCAAAACAUGUGAAGACAUGUUAAGUUGUUACGUGACCAUGUUGGAUUAUGGAUUCAGAGGAGAGAGUUUCUGGGAAGAUAUUUAUCCUGUGAAUAAUAGUGUUCAGAGAGCAAUUUUGGAUUUAGCAUUCUUGUUGCUCGUUGUCGUGCUAUUGACAAACGUUGUGUUUGGUGUGAUUCUCGAUUCCUUUGAAGUUCUCAGAAAUGAACGAGAAGAUAGAAAGAAAGAUAUCAAGGACAAGUGUUUCAUUUGUGGACUCGAGAGAACGAAAUUUGAUACAAAAGCAAACGAAGGUAUUACUUUUGAAAAGCAUGUGAAAGAAGAACAUUAUUUGUGGAAUUAUGUCUAUUUUCUGAUUUAUCUUUAUCAAAAGCCAAUCACUGAAUAUACGGGAACAGAACAAUAUAUUUACGAAAGAUGUGAGGAUAAUGAUGACAUUAAUAGUUUCUUCCCAAUAUUUAGAUCUCUCUCUUUGGAACAAUCAGAGCAGUUACAGCAAACCUUGAAGUCAGCCGUAGCCACAGCCUCAGCUACCAAAAUAGAAUUAUCUUCCAUGGAUAUGUCGAAAAAAGCCGGAACUAGAUAG